AUGCUGAAAGGUGCAGAUGAUGUUGUUAUGGAGCAGGAGGACUCUGCUUCCCGACAUGGAGAAAGGACAAGUUGGGAUAUCAAUGACAUCAAACUUCCCCAGGACGUAAGACAGACAGACUGGUUUCAAGAAUGGCCAGAUUCCUAUGUAAAACAUAUCUAUAGCUCAGAGGAUAAAAAUGCUCAGAGGCACCACAGCAGCUGGGCAAUGAGAAACACCAACAACCACAACUCCCGCAUCUUAAAAAAGUCCUGCCUUGGGGUGGUGGUCUGCGGCAAUGACUGCUCGACCUUGGAUGGAAGGAAGAUCUACCUAAGACCAGCCAUAUGUGAUAAAGCUAGGCAAAAACAACAGCGGAAAUGCUGUCCAAACUGCAAUGGACCCCUGCGGCUCCUUUCCUGCCGAGGCCAUGGUGGUUACCCAGUUACCAACUUCUGGAGGCAUGAAGGCCAAUUCAUAUUUUUUCAGUCCAAAGGAGCUCAUGACCAUCCACGUCCAGAAACAAAACUAGAAGCAGAAGCAAGAAGAUCAAUCCAAAAAGCACAGACAGCUUUUUCUCCAUCUUCUCCAAGAUUAAAAAGAAUCCGGGAGAUUGAGUCUCUGACAGGUGCAAUGCCAACAAGGGAGGCUUUGCCUUUGCUUCAUUCCAAGCCGGAUGCUUACACGCUACCUGCUAAUUUCGGGGGACAUUUAAGCAAAAGCUCCCGGGAGCCGACACUGGGCAGCUGCUUUGGGCAGCCGCCAUACCCAAGGGCAGCUGAGGAGGAUGGGGGCUCCGGAGGGGCGCCGACCUGGAGCAGGAGCCCGCACGUCCUGCCCGUGACAAAGGGCGGCCAUGACCCCUUCGGGCCUAAUGCUGGCCCUUUGGGGGAUGAAUCCUGUGAGGAGAAACCCCCACUGGCCUACGGCGGCAGCUGCCUCCCUCCGCCACCCUACCUUGCGCCUCAGGGAGGCCCCUGCCCCAUGGCGAGUGGGGCACACCACCACCGCCAGCUCUCAGCACCUCUGAGGGGAAGCGAAGGAGACGGGGGCGAGGGAGGGCGCCAUAUGGGUCUCAACUACUGCAAUGAUGAUAUGUUUUUUAACUUGUACCCAUUACGGUGA